GAAACUCCAUGUUUUCUCAACAUGAUGCGUCAACAUGAAAAGCGGAUGAUGAUGUUAUGUAAAAAAUGCUAAAGUAGUCGCAGUUUGUUAAAUGCGAGUAAAAUAUUUAUCCCGCGGCGAAUUCCAACUGCUAUUCCAGUUUCCGCAGCGGCACCGACGGACGGUUCCCCGCUCGGCCGCGGACAGAUCCGCGCCGUUCGGAGAGGAGCUCCAGUGGAGCGGAGGAAGAUGAUCGCAACUCGACUGAGUCGUCCGCUGGUCGCUCUCCCUCCCGGGGUCCAAACACCUGACCACCACCCCUCCUGGAGGAGUAGCAGCCGGAGGGGCUUCUUUAGUGGACGUUUUACUCGGAACAUAACUAUCUAGCGUUUCUUCAGGAAAGAGAAAAACACUGAAAGUGGCUGGAGACUUAAUUCAAGCGACCGAGGACACCGUGAGAACCGAGGUAAAGCGGGGUCAGAGCCCGGCGUGCUGGGGGUGUUGGCACGCUGAAGGAUCAACUUGCUUCUACUGGUAAAGCGCCUGGUCCUCAUGCGGCAGCAGCCUCGCAUGAUAUUAUCUCCAGCAUGCCACUUCGGAAGUAGGUCACCGUUUACCGUGUUGCCGUGACUCUGGCUGCUGGAGGAUAUUCGCUCCCACGGAUCGUCUCGCAGAUCGGCUAUAGAAACAUUUUCAAGCAGGGGAAAAACCUUCGGAUCUUUUCCUGGUCCGUAGACCCAUCGCGAUCGGGACUCGAGGGGUGGUGUGGGCCCAGGUGAUGAUCCAUGACCAUGCCCACGGAGGGGCUUCUGUGAGCUGAUCCACCACAGCAGGCCUCGGGGACAAGGCAGCCUCGCUCGGACCAUGGUCAGAGCUCAGCCCAAGCGGCCUCUGCAGCGAGGAAAGGCUACGAAGGAACCCAAGGGCAGCAUACGAGGAAGGAAACAGAAAGAGAGGAACAAGCACAGGGCGAGGAAGAGGAAGGAGACCAAGGGGAGCCGGAGCGGGAGACGGAAGACGCCGGCGGCGUCGGGCGAUGGCGACGCGUUGGACUGCCACGUCGUGCUCUCGCGUCUGGAGGAGAGGAGGCUCCUGGGUAAGGUGAAACCCGCCUCGAAGGGAGCCAAGCUGAAGGCUGCGAAGGACAAACGGAAGGAGCCACCCGGCCCGGCUCCGAGGAGGACCAAGUCCCACCGGCCACUGAAGAGGACCUCCUCUGUCGCCGAUCAACGAGCAGCAGAACCAGAACCCGGUCCGUCGGAAGCUCCGCCCCCGCCGAGCCCGGCCGCGUGGGAGCCCCGGCGGAGGAGGAUGGCCUCCCUCAACGCCGAGGCCGUCAACAGCCUGCUGCUCCACCGAGCCGCCGGGCAGCCCAAGAGGCCGCAGCACGCCAGCCGCCGCCUCGCCGCCGACGCCUGCCCCGCCGAGGCCCCGGCGCCAGAGGAACCUAAAGGAGAGGCGGUCGAGGAGCCCGGCCUGGUCCCUGAGGCCGACGCCGGCGGGAGGCCGCGGAAGAAGAAGGCCAGGAAGGAGCCGGAGAACAUCGACUGGUCGGCCGUGUUCACCCCGGCUCCCCGACGCCAGGCCGGGCUCACCGCCGCCACGCUGCUCAAGCUCACCAGCGCUCCGUACGGAAACCGGCGGCAGAAGAAGACGACGACGACGACGACGACGGAGGCGGCGACGGGGGCCAGGGACACCAAGACGUCGGCGUCCCCACAGAAGGAGAAGGUCGGGGAGCCCCAGGGGGGAGAACCAGCGCCGACCCAAAGAUCACCACAUCCAAAACGCACCGAGCUCCAACUCAAACCCGGACCACAGGAGGCCAGGGAUCAGGCCCGCCCCCGGCAGGACUCCCCCGUCCCGACCUGCGGGAGCGUCUGCAAGAGCGAGACGCCGGACCACGAGGGCCAGUGGCGGGGGUCUCCGGGCGGGCAGGGCUGCUAUAAAUGCGGGUCGCGAUGCGGCCCGGUGGUGGGGUUCUCCCUGAAGUCCAUCAAGGAGGAGCAGGUGGAGAGCGGCCUGGCCCCCUGCUACUGCUGCUCCCAGGAGAUGUGCAUGGAGUACUGCCACAGGCUCGCCCUGUUCCUCAAGGACAAGAGCUUCAAGGAGUCUGAGGAGGGCUCGCUGUCCAAGGUGUUCCACCACCACCACCACCACCACCACCACCACCACCACCACCACCUGCAGGCGCCCCACUCCCUCGCCCACCCGGCCGCCAUGUCCGACGCCCGCUUCCCCCACGAGUACACCUGCUGCCCCGGGUACUACGUCCACUUCAGCCACUCGGACGGCCCGCCCUCGCCCAUCGCCCCCGUCUCGCUGUGCCCCAGGGGGGGCAAGCGACCCAAGCUGAUGCCUGCCGCCGACCCGCCGGCCCCGGGGAUCUCCCGCCCGCUGUACUGCUGCACCUCGGUGGGGGCCUGCUACGGAGAGGCCUGCAGGGUCAGCGGCUACUCAGCCUACCCCCCCGGCGCGGGACGGACGGGCUGCUCGCUCUGCACCAACGACCAGCGCACCAAGUGUAACCAUGGCGUCAAGACCGAGAGCUUCUCCCAGGCCGUCGGGGACCAUCGCAACCCCUCCUCCGUGCCCGUCGCCCCCAGCCCGCGGACCCUCACCGGCUGCCCCGUUCCCACCGCGCCUCCGGCCGGCCAAUCAGUGCCCCGCGUUCAGACCCCGCUCUCGGACCCCCGGGGGCCGCGGCCGCCGUCGCGGGCGGUCCAGGAGAGUCCUCGGAGCGCCGAGGGCCCCAGCGAGCCCCGGCCCGGGGCCCGCGCAGCCGCCGUGCCCGCGCUCGGCGGCGACAAGAAAGACAAGAAGCCGGGCGCGCCCGCCGGCAGGGAGGACAACAAGAAGGGCAAGAGCAGCCGCCGGAGAGCCACCAACGGCUGGCUGCCCCUCGGCCUGUCCUACCAGAAGGAGGUCUUCACCGUGGAGGAGGAGGCCCCGGUGCUGAGGACCUGUUUCGAGGGGGUCCACCGGGACGGGGAGGUGAUCCGGGUCAGGGACACGGUGCUCCUGAGGUCCGGACCCAGGAAGAAGACUCUGCCUUUUGUGGCCAAGAUCUCGGCCCUCUGGCAGGACCCUGAGUCAGGAGAGAUGAUGAUGAGUUUGUUUUGGUACUACCGGCCGGAACACACACAAGGAGGCCACAACCCCAGCGUGCAUUGUGAGAACGAGAUCUUUGCCUCGCGCCACCAGGACGUGAACAGCGUGGCCUGCAUCGAAGACCGAUGCUACGUCCUCACACUGGCCCAGUACUGCCGAUUUUGUGCCUUGGUGAAGUGCCGUAAAGAGGGUCUCCGCACCAACGCCGCCUCCCUGGUGGUCCCGCCCACCUUCGACCACGCCAUGCCAGCCCACCGCUGUGUGCCCGACGACGUAGACGCGGACCUGGUGUUCGUCUGUCGACACGUCUACGACUUCCGCUACGGACGCCUCCUCAAAAACCUGCAGUAGCAAUCCUCGUCCCGACAUGUUCAGUCCCUGGUUCCUUCCUCUCUUCCAGUCCCCACCUCCCUCCUCUAUCACCGGCAUGAGAGAUGGGAAAACGCCCACCCCAGAGUCUCCAAUCUCACACUGACACUUCAGAGAUCAUUUAUCGUAGUAGGGAGUGUCUUAUGUCUAAAAGAACAAAAUAAGUAACAUGAAGAACAUUUGAGGGGAAUCUACGAACGGACAUGGCAGUUAGAGAAAUACAAUGUGAAUGCUUGGUGUAAUUGCUUCGUGGCACUGUAGUAAAGUGUGUGUGAGAGGACUGUACUGUACUCUGCUGCUGUGAAGGAGAAACGCUGCCGCAGCUGUCAGGAUGAAAUGUGAGCCCUGAUAGAGCAGCGGUAUAGUGCUGAAAGAUGAAACAGGUAAAACUCCUCUCCGUCAGCAAUACCAGCUCCGAAGGUCUCAAUGAAGCACAUUAACUAAUGCAACGUGAGCUCAGGCCCACCGCUGGGCUCUUGAGUAAAACGAUUAGCAGCCCGCGAGGAAGAAGACGAGAGUCUUCUCAGAUGUAGACACGAAAGUCUUAAUCUCAUUUGAUUUGGAUUGCACUGCAGGCGUGGCCCGGCCGACGGCCCUGAGAAGGGGGGUGUCCCGGGACCUCUCGCCUCUUAUUGCUAGAAAGAACCGGACUUGUCUCCAGGAAAAGAUGUGAUGCGUCCUUCACUUCCGGUCGGCGUUGGAAAACACGUCGUAAAGGCAGCGGACCGACCAUCCAUCCUGCGCUCUACUGCUGGAGUCAAGAUGAAUCCAGUUUAAUCUGUUUGGUUCAGCCAGUGUAAUCAUGGGGCCAAAGAGCCAUCCUACUUCAAGGAAUUCCUGUAUGGGAGGUUAUUCGUUGUGAUGCUAAUGCUAAAGUCUAUUUUCUGGUUGUUUAGUUUUUGCCUUCCCCCUAGCGGGCUGUAGAGGGGCGGAUCUGAUCCUAGUUUUGACCUGGAUCUGAUUCUGGAUCUGAUUCUGGAUCUGAUCCUGGAUCUGAUCCUGGAUCAUCAUUAAAUGGUGUUUGCGUUUCUAUAUCUGGGCAGAUGGAUCAGUCACAUGUUUAGUUGUUGCUCCCUGACUGAGACGAGGUGUACUUGACGUAGAUCUGAUGUGAUGACUCAUUCCUGUGUUUUCCAAAAAGAUAUGUAUUUAUUUCUUUAUUGAGAAGUUAUAAUUUAUUUUUUAAAAAAGGUCAAUUUAAAAAUGAUAUAUUGGAGAGCGGUAAAAAGGAAGACUUCAUUCCUGGUUUUGAGAAGGUGUUUCCCCUUUCCAGCUGAUCUGUCUUUAUGAGAUCUUCACAGUUAGGUGUCAGCUUCUUGCCAGAGACUUUACACUUUAAAACAGGGUCUUAUCAAACACGGCCUUUCCAUUUAACCCCUAACACUUCUUCAUGACAACAACGUGUGUCAAAAUGAUGAGAACUUAAAGACGUUUCCUCUUUGUUUACCUGA